CAGUCAGAAUUGCAACUCAGUGAUUAAUCAUGGCGAAGAUAAGAAAUGUGCGUUUGAUCCGCUCGAUUUUUUUACUGUUAUUCAGUAGGGAAUACAGAAGCAUGAUCUGUUACACAUUUUAAUGCACAAUCUGCCGACGGGUCCAGAGGUCGGAAUACAAUGAUGACACACUGAGGGAUCUUUAUUCUCAGAAUUAUUAUCAUGGACUGUGUCGUUUAUUUUGAUCCUCGCAUUAAUGCUCCUUUCAGGAUCCCUGGUUAGAUCAUACCGGUCAUGUCUGCCAGGGACGUACUGGAAAUAAUAGCCUCCCAGUAGAAUAUUGUUGUUGGGUUGUCAUGGCAACACGGGCCAGAGAAGAUCCGACACGGAAAGGGGGGUUGCCGCCUCCCAGAAAGGACCACAGCAAUGAGUAAAGGACAGCCGGCCGGGGAGCUUCCCACUGGGGCAGGAUCUGCAGGAGGGGUCCUGCAGGCUGGAUCAGAUCAGGACGGCUUCCAGCAGCGACACUAUGAUAUGCUGACUGACACCUGGAACCAGCUGAAGAGGAGAGCAGAGAUGCUCAGACGUGAGAACGAGUGGCUGAAAAAUGAGACUGAACAAACGACCACGGAGAGUGAAGAGUAUGUGAGCUUCGUGUCCAGAAAGACAGAGAUACUUCAGAAUGCCAUCGAGACCCUAAACGAGCAGAGCCGGCAGGAGGUGGAGAGGCUGAGGAAGCAGAGGGAGGCGGAGCUGCAGAAGCACACAGAGAAGGUCAACGAGUUAAAGAGGAGAAUCCUGGAGAAGGAGUCUGAAAUAUGUCACCUGAAGGCCGAGAUUGCAGAGCUCAGCGAGUUUAAGAACCAGCAUCAGCAACAGCAGCUUGGCCGCAUUUCGGAGCUGCAGGGACAGCUGGAGGCCAUGUACUGCAGCCACGCCAAGGAAGUGCGUGUCCAGAUGGCCGACUGCCACAGUAAGAAGGCUCAAUAUGAGAAGCAGGCCAGGCAGGCGGUGGAGGACUUCACCCGCGCCGCCAAUAGGGAGGCAAUUCGGUCCAUGAUGGCCCAAAUCCAGCAGGUGUCCCAAGAAAACCAGAGCCUGCAGGGGGAGCUGCAGCAGCUGAUUCAGAGGACACACGUGCUCCGCUCUCGCCGGGGUCAGCUGCAGGCGCACAGGCAGCAGCUACUGCUGGAGAAAGAGUGUGGGCGGGUGGUGCGCAGACAGAGGGCACGGCCAGAAGAGGGCAGCGAUGUGCCACCUGGUCAAUAAUGCCGUUCAGUGAGAAAGGCACAGAGGCUGAGGACAGGCCUGCAGGCAGACGGAUUCGCACAGUUCAAAAAGGCUGGCAGUACGUGCAAACAGGUACACAUUCAGAGAGUCCUCUGUAACCCACGCCCCCCCGUCCUCAAAGCAGUCUAAUAAACAUCAAUGAAAGCUA